AUGGGCUACUAUUUGGCGGAUGUGAUAUACCCUAGGUGGACCGUCUUUGUGAAGACGAUCAGAUGUCCGCUCGAAGAAAAGAAGAUUUUUUUUGCGGGUCGUCAAGAGGCAGUGUGCAAGGAUUUAGAGCGGGCAUUUGGUGUGCUCCAGGCUCGAUGGGCCGCAGUUAAGGGUCCAACCCAUUUGUGGAAUCCCGACUGCAUUGUUGAUGUCCUGUACGUGUGUAUUAUAAUGCACAGCGUGAUCGUCGAACAAGAAGGUCCAGAACUGACGGAUUGGACCAAUGAAGAUGAUGCCGCCGAGCCAAGCCACGAUGUGGCCACCGCCAGUGUACGAAUGGGGGUACCUCAUGAUGAAGCCGGACGGCUCCAAGCCCAUGCCGACAUGCGCCAACAAGAUGCCCAUAUUCAACUCCAGAAGGAUCUAAUUGAAGAGUUGUGGACGCGGAGGGGUGCACGUUGA